AUGGGUCAUUACGCACAAGUGUGGGAUCAUAAAGCAGCUACUGAGAUUAUCAAAGACUGGAACGGCAUUGACCAAGUCGUCCUCAGAAACCCACAUGGAGCUUCUGCCAAGAUAAGUUUACAUGGAGGACAAGUAGUUUCAUGGAGAAAUGACCAAGGCGAAGAGCUUCUUUUCACUAGCAACAAGGCUAUAUUCAAACCCCCAAAAUCAAUGCGUGGGGGGAUUCAGAUUUGUUAUCCUCAGUUUGGAGAUUGUGGAUCAUUGGACCAACAUGGGUUUGCAAGGAACAAAAUGUGGGUAAUAGAUGAGAAUCCACCUCCUCUUAACUCAAACGAAACCUUGGGGAAAUCGUUUGUUGAUCUUCUUCUCAAACCAUCGGAAGAGGACUUGAAGCACUGGCCUCACAGUUUCGAGUUCCGUCUUCGGGUUUCACUUGCCGUAGAUGGCGACUUAACAUUGAUUUCUCGGAUUAGAAACAUCAAUGGCAAACCUUUCAGCUUCUCAUUCGCGUAUCACACUUACCUCUCUGUCUCAGACAUAAGUGAAGUGAGGAUUGAAGGGUUAGAGACAUUGGACUACUUGGACAACCUCAGCAAAAAGAGCUUUUGA